UAAUUUCUAUCAAAUAAAGAUUGAAUGACUGACUAAAAUUAUACACUACCAGACGAAGAUUUGGACACGUGGCCGAAACCCGCAUGCUCUAUACUCGUAGCUCACUCCUCGUACACCUUUGUGUGUUUUUGUUUCUCCCCAUGAUGAUAUAUAUUAUCAUCAAUUUCACCAUAUCCUGUUUCUCAGCACUUUCAGUUACUGCCUCUUUCUGUCUCCCUUUCUCUAUAAAAGCCUGCGCUUUGAUCACCACAAAAAUCGGUUCUUGUAAUCACAACAAAAGAAAGAAAGAAAAAAAAAAGGAUCAAGUAAAUAAAGGCCUAUUUUUCUGAAAAUCGAGUCGCUUUUACUGGAAGUGAUUGUUAGGGUGAUAUGCACUGAUGCUAAUGAGGUUGUUUGAUGUUUAUACAUUCUUGGGGAAAGCUUGGAGUGAGUAUUAGUCUGUUUGGUUAUAGUGGUGCUAGCUAGCAAGCCUAGCAUUGAGGUUUGAUGAGAUUAAGUGAUUAGGGUUGUUGGGUUAAUUCCUUGAUGGGUGGUGUUUGUUCCUGGAAGAGAGAGUACUACUAUGCUGAUGAAAAUCCCAACAGAAGAGGCGUCUCCGGGAGAUACUUUAAAAGCCGGAGUUCCAAGUGGAUGUGGAUGAUGGCAUCCGCUUUCUUUCCGCCUGUUGUGGAUUGUCAAAGUCCUAGAGGAGGAAGAAGCACUUGUCCAUCCCUUAUGGAGUUGUGCAUUCACAAAAUCCGAGAGGAUGUUAGCAAAUUCGGUUCCUUUUCCGUCUUGCCAAGGGAUGUCAGCCAGCUGAUAUUCAAUGACCUAGUUUAUUCUCGCUAUCUUUCUGCCUACUCGAUUGAAGCUUUCAGAGACUGUGCCCUGCAGGAUAUGUUGCUCAAAGAGUAUCCGGGAAUCAAAGAUAGUUGGAUUGAUGUCGUCUCUUCACAAGGCUCAUCCUUACUCUCUCUCGAUAUUUCGAGCUCUGAGGUCACGGAUUAUUCAUUGUUUCUCCUCAAGAAUUGCUCAAGCCUCCAAGCUUUAACUUUUGAUUAUUGUGAUCUAAUUACUGAAAAAGGGUUCAAGCAAAUCAGCGGUUUCCAAAAGUUGACGUGUUUGGGUUUUAAAAAUAGCACGGCCCUUACCGCUGAAGGAAUGCAGUGUUUGUCCAGCUUAGUUAAUUUGGUUAAGUUGGACCUGGAGAGGUGCCCUCGAAUCCACGGAGGACUUGUUCAUAUUGAAGGUUUAACCAGACUUGAAUCUCUCACUAUCAGAUGUUGUAAAUGCAUAGUGGAUUCAGACAUGAAAUCUCUUGCAGGCCUCGUCAAUUUGAAGCAAUUGCAGACUCCCUGUGUCAACAUAACUGAUUCCGGGGUGUUCUAUUUGAAAGGCUUGAGAAAGCUCGUUUUGUUAAACAUGGAGGGCUGCCACAUCACUGCUGCAUGUUUGGAUUAUCUUUCAGAUCUUCCUUCACUUCAAUAUCUCAACCUAUGUAGAUCCUCCCUGAAGGAUGCGGGCUGUGAGAAAUUUUCGACAGCACUGGGCAAUUUGGAGGUGUUAAACAUAGGAUAUAAUGAUAUCACGGAUGAAUGUUUGACCCAUCUACAAGGAUUAACGAAGUUAGAAAGCCUGAACUUGGAUUCUUGUAGGAUUGGAGAUGAUGGGCUCGCUAAUUUAGCAGGCCUCGUCAACUUGAAGAAUUUGGAGCUAUCAGAUAAUAAAAUUGAAAGCGAUGGGAUUCAGCAUCUUUCAGGUUUGACAAAUUUGGAGGAUCUUAAUCUAUCAUUCACCUUAGUAACCGAGGAUGGCUUGAGGAAUUUGUCUGGAUUAAGGUCUCUCAAGUCGCUUAAUCUGGACAUUCGCCAGAUUACCGACUCCGGGCUUGCUGCACUUACUGGGUUAACCGGAUUAACUCACCUGGAUCUUUUUGGGGCUCAAAUAACGGAUUCUGGGACUAAAUAUUUGCAAUGUAUGUUAAGUGUUCUUUUGCACCCCAUUACUAUCUGCUUUGAACGGUUCCAUAGGUUUCAGUGUCGAAUGAAACUCCCGUUUUGGGUUCAAUUCGCAUUCGUUCUUGAAAUUACUAAUCUGCAUUGUUUUGAAAAGAAAGUUAUCCUGUCAGGGGUUGGAAGGAUCCAUUUGGGAAAAAAAAAAUCAAAAAAUGGUUUAAACACCCAAACCUCCUGUGUAGAAUUUCAUAAAUUCUUUAUGUUUCCAUUAGAUUUCAAAAAUCUCCACUCACUCGACAUCUGUGGUGGCGGGUUAACCGACGAUGGCGUCAAGAAUUUGAAACAUCUUUCGUCCUUGACGGUACUAAACCUAUCACAGAAUCUCGACCUGACAGAUAAGACCUUAGAACACUUGUCAGGGCUUACAGGGUUGGUGUCUCUAAACGUGUCGAAUUCUCGAAUCACCAACGAUGGCCUGCAGCAUCUGAGGCCGUUAAAGAGCCUGCGCUCGCUUUCUUUAGAAUCGUGCAGUGUGACAGCGGAGGAGCUCAAGAAGCUUCAGCUGAGCGCCCUCCCGAACCUCGUGAAAUUUCGUCCCGAGCUCUGAAGCAUUUCCACGAAAGAAAUGUUUUCUCAUCCACUUUCAUGUACAAAUGGUGUAAAUAUGAAAAGACAAUAAGGUGAAAAACUCGCCUUCUGUGCAUAUCCUUGGCUUGAGUUGUGUGAUACCACCACAAGUUGCUGCCCUCUAUAGGACUUAAAAGAGUCUCUUAUGUCACUCUCACAGGUGUGAAAUUAGAAAGGUUUGUAUAAUUGUAUGUACUGAUAGGUGUGUGAAAUAAGGAAUAAAGGUUUGUAUGUAUUUCCCUGUAAUGUACAGAUGGUUCUAUAUUUAUAUACACAAGAAGUAUUGAGUUUA